AUGGCCAAGAAGCUGGUAUUUUCUUUCUCACUGCUACUCCUCCUGCUCUCCUUACCCCCGAGCUGUGCUCGAUCCGGUGACAACGGCCCGAUCCCGGCUCCGGCUGUAAACCCUUUGGCAGCGUCAGCCGAACAUGCGCCCGCGGGAGGGCCCGACCCGUCAGCACGGAGUUUACUAUCCGGCCUCCCAGAUCCGGUAGCAGCCCUAUUUACGUUUGCCUCGCCAGCAGCAACAUUAGGCUGUCCCUCGGCCACAAUCACCCCUCCACCAUCCCUCCUACUAGCAGCCCGUCAAGACCAAGGCCAGAUCCUUGCCUUAAGCAAUUCCAUUCGUUUAUUAUCAGAUCAAUCACGCUCCGUCUCGCAAGCCAGCCAACAGCUCUCCAUCACUUCCCAACAGCUCUCCCAAUCUCUCCAGCAGCUCUCACAACGCUUGUCGCAAACCGAACAACAGCUCGCGAGCGCGCGAAUCGUGCAACAAAAUGCGGAGCAGGCCUCGCGAUCAGCCGUGCAACGGGCGGAGCAGGCAGAAAGGAAGAUCGAGGAGGCGGAGCGCAGGGCGAGCGAGAUGGUGAGGAGUGUUGAGGAGAGAAUGAGUCGGCAAGUGGAGAGUGUGAGUCGGAGUUUGAGUGCGAGUUUUUCGAGGGCGGUUGAAAGCGAGAGGGAGAGCGCGGCGAGUGUGGUGUUGAAGGCGGAGGCGGAUGUUACGGCUUUGAGGAAUGAGGCCAACACGCAGAUUCAACAAGCUCAAGGGGCUGCGUUGUCGGUUACGCAAACGGCACUGGCUGUUGUGGGAGGGAUUAUCGGGUCAUCUCUUAUUACGGUGGUUGCGUUCUUUUUGAUCAUGCGGCAUAGGCGGAACCGCCGUCAACAGCAGCAAUCCGAAGGAGAUCGCGACCGGUUCAACAGCCGUGACGGCGGCAUCCUUCCCAUAGGCUACCCCCAGCUAACGAGCACGUCAAACAAAGCGUUCCGCGACCAGCUCAUGAAGAAGCGCAGCAAAAACAGUAGUGUCAACGAGACAAACAUUGGGUUCUAUGCUGCCAGUAAGGAAUACGCCCUCAGCGGUGAUGACUCUAGUUCCAUUUACAGCACCGAAGAUGAGAAGAUCAAAGCCUUCUUGCGUAUGUCCGACUCGCCAAUGACGGCAGCGGUACAACAGCCCCCCGCGGUGGUCCAGCCUACGAGGAGUAAUACUGUCAAUCGAAUUCCGAGGAAGAGUGUUAAUAGCAGUGCCGGAAAAGGGGUUGGGACCGGGUAUGCGGCAAAUUAUUAUGGUUCAUCCCAGCAGGAGGUAACUGUGAGUAAUGAUACGGGAGGGCCGUUUCAACUGGGGAAUCCGCCGCCGCCGAGGGCGAGGGCAAAGGCGGCAGCUCCUCGGGGAACAGAUCAAGGGACUGGAUCUGGCUCAGAAGCUGGAAAAUUCACUUUGUUCCCUAAACCCCAACCUCGGUCCCUUCUAGCAUCUCCACAGCAACAACAGUCCAACAUAGAAAACACCUCAACAACAUCCUCGCAAACUCAAGACCCCUCGUCGGACAAGCCCCCAACGCAAAACCAACAAAUAGAUGGUGUCACCAACAGUAGCACUGGUGGAGCAGCGGCAGUCCCCAAUAGCGCAGUCAGCACGACCAGCAGCUUGAGCAAUCCCACACUUGACAAAUGGCUCCGUGACGGGACGACGGUGAGCCCAUUCGCAACGGCUCUACAACCUGCUGUUGGCGCAGGAUCAUCAAUAGCAGGGAGAAGAGGUGCCGGCGCGGGCGUGGGGUUGAGGGGGAUGGCGAUUGGGAUUGCCAAAUGA